GGCGCUCACGGCCUGCGUUUCAACUCUGCUCUCUUUUUCCCGUCAAGAAUCAACGGAAACAGUAACAACGGUGAUUUGAGAGAUGGAUUCACUCAUGAGCCAUUUCUCCGCAUACUUACCGGCACCGAUGAGCCGCGGCUGCUCUUCUUCGUUAUCUCAGCGGCGCCCUCUCGCACUCUCGAGUUUCUCCUUGUUUCAAUUCAUCCCAUUUCACCGAGAGAUCGACUGCUCAGCCUCGCCGUUGGUUUCCUUGGAGAAGAAGUUGUUCCUGCUGCCGUCCUGGGUUCCCAAGGCCGCCAUAGAAUCUGCUUAUUCUGGUGAGAUCAAACACUAUCAAUCCAAAACGGCACAUAUCAAGUUCAUUUUGCAGAAAGCAUGCCAAUUUGGUGAGCAAUAUCUUCUAGUUGGAGACGACCCCUUGUUUGGUUCAUGGGAUCCAACAAAUGCAGUUCCUUUGGAUUGGUCUGAUGGCCAUGCCUGGACAGCCGAACUGGAUCUACCUGUUGGAAAGAUUAUCCAGUUCAAAUUUAUACUCAGAAGUUUAUUAGGACAUAUCAUUUGGCAACCUGGCCCUGACCGGAGGUUGGAGGUGUGGGAGACUGGAAAGACCAUCAUUAUUUGGGACAACUGGGAGGAUCCGCAGAAGCUGACAAUAACGGAAGAGGAGAUCACAUUUUCUCCAGAAGUGAUCUCCUCAGAAAGCAACACUGCACCUCAUGAGCAAACUGUGAAUGACUUGAACAAGGUGGAAGAAGGGAUCUCCACAGAAAACAAAACUGGAAUCCAUGACAAAGCUGCAAAUGACUUGAACAAGGAAGAAGAAAGAGUCACCACUGAAAGCAAAACUGGCAGCCAUGUCAAAGCUGCAAAUGACUUGAAUAAGGAAGAAGAAAGGGUCACCACUGAAAGCAAAACUGGCAGCCAUGUUAAAGCUGCAAAUGACUUGAACAAGGAAGAAGAAAGGGUCACCACUGAAAGCAAAACUGGCAUUCAUGUCAAAGCUGCAAAUGACUUGAACCAGGAUAUUCUUGACGAGAAUCUGAGCAUGCAUAGUGAAGAGAAGUCGAAGAGUCUUGAAGGUCCUGUUCUGGUGCCUGGUUUGACAUAUAACAAUGAAUCCGGGUCAGGAAAAGGCGGCGACUACAACCCACUGCAGCAUGGAGAGCUGGAUCUGUCAAGAGGAAGCCUGCUAGAAAAAGAAACCAUGAGUUCAUUAGAAAAACAACAUGGUGAUGGUGGCAAUGAUGAUGAUGAUGAUGAAAUGGCAAAAUCUGAUGAUGUUCUGCCUGAAGAAAAUAAUCCAGAAAAACUGUCCAAACCACCAUCAACAAAUAGCAUUUUAGUUUUCGACUACAUGUGGAUUCAGAAGUUCAUUUCAGGUCUGGGUUUUGGCACCAAACCACCUCGUGAGUGAAAGUUGCUUUGUUCAAAUGUAUAGACUAUAAGCUUGUUUUUUUAGUACAUGAGAUCUCAAGGUUUCAAACCUUUUUGGUAGCAUUUAUGCAACAUAAACAUGUACACUGGUAAUCUCCUGCAUUCUUUGUAUAUUAGCCAAUUUGAUGUUUA